UUGCGUCAGGCGUGUUGCUUUUUCGUUAGCGUUAUUUCGUCGAAGAAUAAUUAGUGAUUAUACAUUUAACUUUAAAGAAAUAGCAAUGUUAGUUAUGGUUUUAUUUUGUGAAUUUGAUAAAAGAUAAAGGACAACGCUUGUGAACUGUUGUGUUUCGAUUUUGUCAUUUGCGUGGCUUACAAAAGUUUUCAAGUUGGUCAAUUAAGAAGUUUUACAAGUGCUUGUUUACUGUUUUUGUGUUCAAAAAGUCGUUGGCUGUUUUUAACUAUAUUGUUUUAACUCUAAGAUAGCAUGGCGUAGAUACAUCAGCUACACUUCUGCUGUCGAAACUGUUUCGGAUUUUACAUUUGAAGGUGUUGUACUUGAUGCGGUGACAGGAUGGAGGCGGACCGCGACAAGCGCAUGCUGGAGCGCGAAGUGCUGCGCAAUAUGAUCCAGCAGUGGAACGCCAAUAGGCUCGACCUCUUCGAGCUCAGCGAACCCAAUGAGAACUUGGAGUUCCACGGUGUAAUGCGCUUCUACUUUCAAGACUCAGGCCAGAAGAUUGCAACGAAAUGCAUCCGCGUCGCAUCUGACGCUACAGUUAGCGAUGUCAUAGAAACUCUGAUCGAGAAGUUCCGUCCGGACAUGCGCAUGCUGUCGCUGGGCUCGUACUCGCUGUGGGAGACGCACGGACCAGACUACGAGCGCCGACUGGAGCCUCAUGAGAAGCCGCUACUCGUUCAGCUCAACUGGCACACCGAUGACCGCGAGGGACGCUUCCUACUCAAGUGCCUUACUAAUAACGAGGUUCCUCUGUCUUCCGUCAAUGAAAAAUCAGAUCAGAACUUCAAAAGAAAAUUAUCAAAACGUGAAAAGAAAGAGCUCAAAAAGAAAGAGAAACUUUCAAGAUUAAAGUCGGACACCAAUGAUGAAAACAGACCGAUUGCGGAGAAACUUUACACAGAGCUGCCGGAGACGUCGUUCACGCGCAGCAUCAGCAACCCAGAGGCGGUGAUGAGACGCCGACGGCAACAGAAGCUCGAAAGGAAGCUGCAGCAGUUCCGUUCCAAGGACGGCGGACCUGACACCGGCGGUACACUGAAAAUCUACGGGUCCUCGCUAUGUCCGGAUGUACCGUACAAGACGCUGCUGCUGUCUGUAGGAGACACGGCCGCUGCGGUGGUGCGCGAGAUGCUGGAGAAGUACGGCCUCUCACGGCACGAGCCGCACCACUACUGCAUUGUACAGGUGGAUGCAGCAGAUAACUCGGAGUACAUCCUGGAGGAUGACGAGUGCCCGCUCGCUAUCGUGAUGACACAUCCACAUCGCAGCUCCAUCAUGUUCCACGUGCGGCGGCGGCCGGCGGACUCGCAGCCGCGGCGACGCAAGAAGAAGGCAGGUGGUGCUGCGCGGCCCGGCACCGAGCCCCUGCUGGUCGAAGUCGCACCCGAUGGCGCCGCGCUAGAGAACGGACGCCGUAUGCGACUCGCCGAUGUGCUAGAGGUGGGUUCUGGCAACGGCACCGGCCUGCAGCUAUACGGGCCGUCGAUCCAGCCGCGGCACUGCGUGGUGGCGCCCGCUGACGGCGGCUACAGCGUCACGCCGCUGCACCCUGACGCACAGGUCUACCUCAACGGACGCAGGGUCACCCACACGCAGCGAUUGCAGCACGGUUGCCUGGUGAAGUUCGGUCGCGUGUCUACCUUCCGCUUCGUGGACCCCGCACAAGAGAAUCUCAUAAACAGGAACCUGGCGCAGUCGCAAAACUACGGCUCCGGCUCAAUAUACGACAGAUCGCCGACGUCGGCGGAGAAUAGCGGCGCGAUGUCCCCUACCUCGCUCGCGUCCCACCACGCCGACCUCGACACCAACUCGAAUGCGAACGUAACGAACGACACCGAGUACCCGGGCACCGCCAGCCCCGUGUCGCACGACGCGUUCGCUUACAGAGACGGCAACGAUACCAUGUCGCCCUACAACAACAACACGCUCAAACUGGACAACGAGUCGCUCAUGAUGUCGCAGCAUCUGAGCGACUCCAAGGACGACUACAUGAGAGAUGAGCCCUCGGGCGGCGCGUACACCGACCAGGACCAAAGCGCGGGCGUCAGCCGCACCGGCUCACACUACAAGGACAACUACGAGACCACCUUCGAUCUAGACGGUAACGUCGAGACGAAGAGCAUUUGCAGCGCCAAGAGCGGUGGUUCGGGACACGAUAACAGGGUGUCGACGUGCGCGCGGCCCGGCCAGGAGGCGAUCCUGCCGGCCGUGCUGGAGUUCCCGGAGGCGGGGCAGGCGCAGUUCCUCGCCGCCGUCAUCACCAGGCUCGACCCGCACGCGCCCGCUUUCAAACUAGCACCAGUAUACACGUUAUAUUUGUGUGCCAGAUACCGCGCCUCGACGCACUACCGGCCGGAGCUGACGCCGACGGAGCGCGCGCACAAGCUCACCGCCUUCCUGCACCACGUCGCCACUCUCAUACAUGCCACUGUACAGGAGCGUUGCACGGACUCGGCGGCGCAAGCGUUCUGGAUGGCCAACGCGAGUGAGCUGCUGCACUUCCUCAAGUGCGACAGACAUAUCUCCUCAUUCUCCACACAGGCACAGGAACUGCUGCCGCAGACAGUACAGAAUGCAUUUAGCAACCUAGUGACGUGUUUCCAAGAGGAGCUGGGGCGCGCGCUGGUGACCCUGAACAGUCCGGCGGGCGAGGGCGAGGGCGGGGGCGGGGGCGGUGGCGGGGAGGCGGGCGACGCGACCGAGGCCACGGCGCCCACGCUGCAGGCCCUCGCCGCCGCCAUGGUGCUGCUGCGUCGGUGCCGCGUCAACGCCGCGCUCACCAUACAGCUCUUCUCGCACCUCUUCCACUACAUCAACGCGUACUGCUUCAACAAGUUGGUGUUGGAGCCGGGCACGGUGAGCGCGCGCUGGGGCGCCGCGCUGUCGGCCCGCCUGGCGCUGCUGGCCGCCUGGGCGGAGCGCCAGGGCCUCGAGCUCGCCGCCGACUGCCACCUCGCGCGCACGCACCAAGCCGCUCGACUGAUCCAAGGCGAGUACCGCACUGCGGAGGAGGUGCGCGCGGCGCUGUCGGCGUGCGUCAAGUUGAACUCGGUGCAGGUGCGUGCGCUGCUGGCGCCCAUAGCCCCACCCGACAUCGUGGACGCCGCCGUAGCGCACGCCCGCGCACUCGCAGACGAACUAUACAGGGCCGACGGCAGAGAAAUCCGGGCAGAGGAGAGCAGGUGGCUGGGCGCGGCGCUGCUGAUUCCCGGAGACGGGUUCAGUGCGGAGGUGGUGCGCGGGGUGCCGCCCGGGCUGGCGGAGUUCGUGGCGCCCCUGCAGCGCGGCGCGCUCUGCCGGCUCGUGCACCAGCCGCGCGCGCUCGGCGCCUGGUCCGUGUACCUCGCCACGCACGCGGCGCACGCGCAGCCGCGACACGACACGCGUCCGCUCAUCGUGCGCCUCAACAAGAACUCCUCCGGCAUGGGGCUCAGUAUUGUCGCUGCCAAGGGUGCGGGUCAGAGCAAGCUCGGCAUCUACAUAAAGUCGGUGGUUGCGGGAGGCGCGGCGGCGGCCGACGGCAGGCUGGCGGCCGGCGACCAGCUGCUCUCCGUCGACGGACACUCGCUCGUCGGCAUCACACAGGAAAAGGCAGCAGAAUAUCUCGUCCGCACUGGACCUACGGUGACACUGGAAGUAGCCAAGCAGGGCGCUGUGCUGCACGGCCUCGCCACACUUCUACAUCAGCCCGCGUACAACCAACGUCAAGAGUACGAGGAGGUGCAGUACGAGGCGCGCGGACGACGCAACUCUGGCACCUACACCAACCCGCACCCCGCACUGCUGCGCCCCGCAGCGCCGCUCACAGAGCUCGCCACUGCAGGCACUUACAUAUAUACUUGCCAGCUUGUUUUGUCUUUACGUUUUCAGUUUUUAUUUCAGUUUUACGAAUGUCCGGUUUCGUUGUGUUCUGAUUUGGUUUUCUUCUCGGUGAUGGUUUGUUUUUUUUUGUUGCGAUAUCUAUUUUUGCUUUUGAAGUUUGACCAUUUUCUUGCCCAGUAUUCAUACUUGUUUCGAAUUCCAGGAUACGGUCGUCGCCCGAUGUAUGAUCGUUUUCAUCUUAGAGAUGAGUCUACGGAGUCGAGUACGGACGAUAGCGAGGAGUUUCACCCUCACUAUCACGGUUCCAUUCCCAGGUUGAUUAUAACAUUGGAUAGAGAAAAUAAUCAACUUCAAGACGACCCUUCGCCGGAAACUCCGGGCUGCCCGAUCGAACUCAGGAGUGGCCCGGCCUCGGCGCGCCCUAUACCUAUUUUUACUUUCACCUGUGAAGACUUUGACGAACUACAAAGACAUAAUCAAACACAGGCCCCGAGCCCACAUAGACCUCGCGAGGAAGCGCCGCCGGUUCCCGAACCGCCAGCAAACUACGAUCAGUCGAGUGAAAGCGGCGACGCUAUUUGUUUGCCGCCACAAAUGCCUCCGAUCGACCCCAAGCUUACACUGGAUUUGUUGAAUGCGCGCGCAAGAGAGGCGGAGAGCUACCGGCGACACUGCACUGCCGGCGACGACUGCGUCAGCGCCUGCGAGUGUUGCCGCACGCCGCAGCCCGACACACAGCAGAUACCGUACAUUGACGAGCCCAACUCGGAACCUGUCAUAUUUGAAAACGAUUGCGCCGACGAGAGAGUCGCUACGCCGAAAAUCCGAAGGAUUCUACCGUCUGUAUCGAUAGAUCAAUGCGAUGAAAAGAAACCGGUGACAGCGGACGCCGAGUGCCAGACGUCUUCCUCCCCCGAGCACGAAGCCACUCAAACAGAGUCAAUAUCUUUAGUAGAAAGGAAAAGAGAUCUAAGUUUGAAUCUCGAAAAAGAAUCCAAAAAUAUAGAAAGCAUCCACAGUCGUCUGAAGUCUACGUUAUUCACUAUGUCUAAAUCAAUUUCUAGUAAAUCGGAAGAUACCGAGGGACCGUCCACUUUUUCCACUUCGGAAUCAUUCGAUGAAACUAUGAAUGAUAAAUACGAGCGUAUAGAUAAAGUUAUACCAAAUAUUGUAAAAAAUGACGCAAAGCAAAUAUUAGACAGCAUCGACAGAAAGUCGUGGAAAUCGCCCGAUGAAUACCGACCCGCCUUUGGAAAGGUUAAAGCUUUGACGAAACGCUUUAAUGAAAUAAACUUGAAAUAUUGUGCCAAAAACUACAAGAGGAACUGUCAAUCUAGUCCCAAUCUUUGCGUCCGUGAUGACACGAGAGCUAAACUAAAAGACUGUUUACCGAUUAGCACCAGUUUAGCUGACAUACAGUUUGAUCGCACUAAAACUGAUACUAGCUACACCAAAGAUACUAAAAUGUCUGACGACGAAGUAAAGAGCAUCCUGAUACAGCUAGAGGACUGGUCCAGAUACGGCUCGAGAGGCAGCGAGGAUACUCUCGCACAAGGAAACGAAUUCGAAUUACCGAAUCUACCUUCAGAGGAACAAACCGAGAACGCAUCUCAAAGCGGUAGUAUUAUUUUCAACGAAUUUGUUGACAAGAAGCCGCGAACAAUAACUCUCGAUAAUAUAAAACUGAAGUCGAAUCAGUCCAGUAUGACUUCUGUUCGGACGAAAUCUAGCAAAGAAUCAAUAGUGGAAAGCAGCAGCUGUGAAAAAAUUACUAUUCCAAAACCGUCACCAGUGAUUCCUGUGACACACAAGCAUUUAUCCUUACUGGACGUGUCGACAGCAAGUGGUUCAGAUGUCAGCAGAUACUCGUAUCAAAUGGCGGCUCAAAGUUGUCCAGACAUUAAAAGUUGCAGUACAAAGGCUGCAACAGUUUGCUCUGCAGCAAACAAACUCGGCGACCAGCCUGAAAACCCGCGUAAGACACACACUCGCGGUGCUCUCCGGCGCGCGUCGGAACGCGACCUGCCGUCACGGCUGGCGGCGGAGCCUGUGAAGCCCAGCAAGAGUACGCCCGCGCUGCAUCACGCCCCGCCCAGCGCGCACCCCGCACACCCCGCACACCCCGCACACCCCGCACACGUCGCGCCACAGACACAGCCCCAGCCCGCGCCUUCGCACACUGGCACCCUCAGUCCCGUAGGCUCGAGCCAGUCGGGCGGCAGCGCGUGGGCGGGCAAGUCGCGCAGCAGCCACAACCUGACUGCCGCCGCGCAGGGCGACGCCUUCUACCAGAACCUCACAUCUGUCAACUCGCACCCACACGGACACCAAGACAGAUGGUGGAAUUACCGCACGACUGGCAAUAGACCACAAUCCGCUCAUUUCUCUGCAGCGGGCUCUGAGCAGCAGUCGGAACUUUCGACACAUCAACAGAUUAACAAUGCUAGUUCUGCGAGUGUUCGAGCAGCUAAGUUGGCGGAGAUGUCAGAGGAAGUCACGAGGAGACAACAGCAGCAGCAACAGCUUCUUUCGCAGCAGAAGCAGCACACGCUGCCGCAUCAGCACCAGCAUGCGCAGCUCAAUCAACACCAGUCCCCGCUCGCACACCAAAUGUCGCCGCAGCAAAUGCAGCACCAGCACCAGAAUCAGAUGGCUCACCAGGCCAACCAUAUCCAGAAUCAAAUGGCUCAAACUGGAUAUCAAUCGAGUCAGCUCGAUCUGCAAUUGAAUCAAUUGCACCAAAAUCAAGCUGCACAUCACAUGAGUCCGAUGAGCCAGCAGGGUGCGAUGGGGCAGCACCUGGGCCAGUUCAGUCAGAGCCAGAUGCACAUCCACCAGAGCGCGGCGCAUUACCCUCAGCAGGGGUCUCCGCAGCUGCCCGCCGCGCACCCCGCACACCCAGCACACACCGCACACACCGCACACUCGCAGAACAUGCACCAGCAGUAUGCGCACACGCAGCUGCAGAGCCCGCCCAACAUUUAUCAUAAUCAACAUCAGCAACCACAAAGGUACGAUUGGCACCCUCCUGGCCCGCCCUCGCCACAAAGAUCACAACCGCCAGUUGCUCCCAAGCCACAGGGCGCGCGGCGAUCGGAGAUGGAAGAUGAACAGUUGCAACAACUGCAGCAAUCGCAGACCUCCACCACAGUCCAGCCGGAGGAUGAGCGGUACGUGGCGAGCGCACUGGAGCCGCCUGCGGUGUCAGUGUAUCCGGCGGGGGGCUCCGCGGGCGCAGGGAGCGGAGCGCGACAGCAGCCCGCACACAACCCCUGGCAGCGCGAGGAGCGCGAGCGGCAAGCUGAGGCACGACGCGCACAAGCACGCGCACGCAGGGACGCGACCAUAGCGCAGCUGCUGGCGUUGGGAGCGUCUCGGACUCCGGUGCAGAACCAACAGCUGCGCGCGCUACAGUUGGAGCGGGACUUCGAGCGGCGUGCCACGCAGCAUGAUCAGGAAGAGGGUGGAGGCGCAGAACUUUGUGCAGACGAGGAGUGCGACUCACGAUCGACGUCAAGGUCGCCGUCGCCCGAGCAACAGAUGCACCUGCAGCAGCAGAACGUACAGCAAAUGCAGCAGCACACGCCGCAAAUGCACCAAAUGGCGCAGCACUCGCACCAUAUGCAGCAACACCAGUCGACGCAUGCGCAGCAGAUUCAACAACAACACCUGGCGCAGCACUCCCAGCAACUGCACCAACAGCACUCGCAACACGUACAGCAGCAACAUUCGAUGCAGCACUCGCAGCAGACGCAGCAGCAGCAAUCGGCGCAGCAGCAGCAGACGACACUACCGCAGCAGCCGCAACUGCAGCAACCCCCCAAGUCUAUACUCAAAUCCAAUCCACGCAGCGAUAUAACCAAUGGAUACGCCGCCGAUACAACGUUGGAGGAGAGUCGCAUGUCGGAGCUGACGGAGAACGUGGCGGCACUGAGCGUGUCUGGGGGAGCGCCAGCACCUCCCGAGCGCGGCUCCUCCUUUGCCGUGAUGGCGGGCCGGCGCGCUCUCUCUCCCGCCACGUACGAUGCGCACGCGCACGCGCACGCCGCGCAGCCAGCGCACGUGCACGCAUCUCAACAUACGCCUGCAUCUGCACCCACCGUCGCGCCACAAUCACCGCUGAGCACAUCCCGAGACAAGCGCGUUUCUUUCCAUGAAAGGGCCUCCGCCUCAGCCUCUGCGCCUUCGCCAGCCCCCGCCACGCCCGCGAGCCCCGCUCCCGCACCUCCCGCACCGCCUACCUCCUCCCCACCACCGCUAGACCCACCGCCGAGAGAGGACCCAGAUCGCUUCAUCUCUGAGGCGGAGCGGCUUGUGAGCGGGGCCGGCACAUCGCCCGGAGCGCCGCUCGCGCACACGCCCGGCGUCAUCGGCGCACAGGAGGUCUACAGGGAUCCGCGAGCGCGACGUUUGGCAGAGCAGCAAGCGCGCGCAACACCCGCCGCGGUGCCGGAGACGCUCUCCUUCAAGGAGAAGAUGAAGAUGUUCGCUCUCGAGGCCGGCGACCGCUCCACACCCAAGGAUAAAGUGAAAAUAUCACGAGCGCAGCGAGACAUUGACGCGGUGCACUGAACGCCGAGCGCCCCCCUCCGAACAUAGCUACUUAAAUCAUCAACAUACGAAGUAUUAAAUAUUAUUUAUAAGAGAGUCUUUAUAAACGAACUUAAUGUACACAACUUAUUUAUACCCAAUGACGUCACUGAAGCUGCAUGUUACUGUAUUUUGUGAUUCAUUUUAUCCGGAACCUCUGUCCGGUCGCCGUCGGAGCUUCCUACGAUCUACGGGACUAAGUUCACAAGAUUGCCUUCACACGAACGUAGCACCAAUUUACAUGUCGAUUUUAGAAUGUAAGUAAUGGUUUCAAAUCAAUAUAUUUUAGUGAUAAUUUGUUAUAGUGUAGAGGUGGCCUUAGCAGCUAGUGCACUUGUAGCACCUACCGUAUAUAGUAUUUGAAUUAUUUAAAAUAAUAUUUUAUAUUAUCUAGAAAUUGUGAUGGCACAUUGAGAUCGAUAAAUUAUUAUUUAAAAAUUAAAUUAUAUUAUGUGCCAUUUAUAUGAAAAUUAUAUUGCAUUACGUUUGUAUUUUGUAUGUUAGAGGUUUAUUAAAAGGGAGGACCAAGCGUGCGAUGUGGGCGGGUGCCUUUACGUGUACCUUUAUGUGUAAUCGAACAUAUCCAUUGAACUUCACGCUUCAUGCUAUGAAAUAUUAAGCUUCAUUACAUUCCAAAGAAUGAAUCUUUAAUUCUAUUUCUAUCUUUUUAUAAGAAUCAUUCCUAUCGCUCUUCACGAAUCAUCCGUCAAAAAUUGUGUGUAACACGUUUACAUUUAGUAAAUAACAUAAUAUAUUUAGUAAUAGAUUAUUUGUUACUUUUAUAAAUUUAAAAUAUUGUAAGUGCUGAUCCAGUUUACAAUCAACAUAAAGCAAUAAGGGAAUGUGAAGUUUUUAUGUAAAUACAAAUUUAUUAAUAAGCACGUUUGUGCCAAAAUAUACAUUGUGACUGAGAUGGCGGUUACUCUCUUCUAUCAGCUUGUAGCUCUUCAUUGAUUUAUUGUACAUAGCCAAGUCCUGUGUUGAGAUUUUUGACCUGUUUGUAUAUGUAAAUGUUUAUUUAAAAUGAAUUUAUAUGAAGAGUUUACAUAUGUAUCGCAGGAGUUGAUAGACAAAUGAUAGGAAGGAAGGUGUACGUAGUUUAGUUCCUGGAUUUGUUUCCAGUUCACACCCAACGAUAGUCAAUUAGAACUUUUGAGAUUUCUUUGUAGAAUUAAUAAUUGAUCAUAUAUUAUUUAGCUUGUAUAUAAUUUAACGUAACCUAGUGACUACAAUAUUUCUUGUAUUGUAAUUGGAUUAGCAAUAUCGGUUUCA